CCUCCCGGUUGAUCCUAGACUGGAGUUACAACUUCCACAGAGAGAGAGAGAGCAGGGUUAUCUGUUGCGCCGAAAGGUUGACUCAUGACAGGUUACCGACGCCUGUCUUAUGGCUCCCCGCUUGGUGCGUUGCAGCCAAGUCGUCAUGCAAGCCUAGCCGGUUCCUAGUCAGGCGCUCGCGUUUAUGCCGCUCGAGGAGCCGCACUCGGCUGCCGGCUGCUCAAAAUCGGGAAGGUCGGUCCCGAUUACCGUUUGGAUGGUAGAUCACCAAAAAAAUCACCCAGUGGAAGUCGAGAAGAAGACAGUGGCAAACCGCUUCCUUUGGGUUACCUGAAAAUCCUCGCAGAGCAUUUCCAGUGAAAAGAAAAGACUACAGGAUUUCACCAUAAAUUGCUAAGAAUUUUUUUAAAUCUAUUUAAUAGCUUCCUGUCUUCUCAGUAAAACAUGAAACCUGCUUUAGUCGAUUACUGUAUUCUAGUCCUCUCAUUUAUCUGUGUACUCAAAUCAGAGAAAUGUGUCCAGGAAUAUAUUGGAAGGCAGAAGAUGUUUGAAGAAAACAAUCCUUUUAGGCUUGAUUGCUUAAUUCGAUAUGAACGUGCAAACUCUACAUUGAACUGGUACAUGAAUGGAAAUGACACACCUUUAAUUGCACAACCUUUUUCAAGAGUAUUCCAACAGAAAAACAGCCUCUGGUUUAUCCCUGCAAUAGCUCAAGAUUCAGGAUUGUAUCAAUGUAUUAUAAGUUAUAGGAAUUCAACAAGAUGUUAUAAGUACAGCGUCUCAACUGCAGUUCUCAAUAACAGUGCUGGUCUUUGUUUUAACGAAAAAUACUACCUUAAGCAAACAUUGUUUCCAAGGACACCAUCCAGGGUUGUGUGUCAUCAAGUGAAUGAGUUUGGACAGGAAGUAGAUUAUCUUUCUAUUCAUUGGUAUAAGGAAUGUGAGCCAGUACAAGGAGAACAAUUUGAGUUCUUUAGAAACCAUCUUAUUAUGAAAGAUCCGAAAAAAGAUGAUGAGGGAAAAUAUGUAUGCAAAGGAAUCUAUACUUUUAGGGGAAAUAAAUACAAUUUUUCAAAUAGCAUUUUGGUGGAUUUAAUAGAAAAUUUACCCAGGAAAAGACCUGAAAUUUUGUAUCCCAUAAACAAUACUAUUGAAGCUGAUGUUGGAUCCAAUGUCUUUACAGAGUGUAAUGUAUCAAGUUUCAAAGACAAUAUGAUUUCUAUAUCCUGGAGAGUCAAUAAUACUCUAGUUGACAAUCUAUUUAAAGGUAGAAUUAUAGAAGGAAAUCAAACAAAUAUUCCAAAGGAAGGAGCAGAGAUUUUUAUAGUGUCUCUGAACAUCACAGAAUUGAAAAAUGAAGAUUAUGACCAGCACUUUACUUGCCAUGCAGGUGAAGUUGCAGCAUACAUCAAAAUACAGCACCCAACCAAAAACCAUGCAGCUUUUGUGAUAUUGAUAUUACUACUGAUUAUACCUGUAUUAAUUUGCGUCUUGUUCAAGAUUGAAAUUGUCCUUUGGUAUCGGAAAUCAUGUCACCCUUUUUUUCAUAAAAAAGUUUCAGAUGGAAAAAUCUAUGAUGCAUAUGUGUUGUAUCCAAAACUCAGCAGCCAAGUUGACUUUGUACUGAAAGUACUGCCUGAUGUUCUGGAAAAACAGUGUGGAUAUAGUCUCUUUAUACCUGGCAGGGAUGAUUUGCCAGGAAAAGCGUUAGUCAACGUUGUUGAUGACACCAUUGUGCAAUGCAGGAGGCUGAUUAUGAUUCUAGUACCUGGGCUGUCCAGCUUAGAAGAGGCUCCUGAGCAGAAUAUAGCAGUGUAUCAUGCUCUUAUACCUGAUGGAAUGAAAACUAUCCUGAUUGAAAUGAGUAAGAUAAAGGAUUACAGCCACAUGCCCGAGUCCAUUAGAUACAUCAAGCAAAAACAGGGAGCUAUCAGAUGGAAAGGGGACAUCAUGAAGAAAAACUCUUCUUCGGCAAAUAGUUCCUUUUGGAAAAAGGUGAGAUACCGAAUGCCAUCAGAACAUCAAGCGUCCCAAGAACUAGCUUUGAUGCCAGUACCUUCCGAUGUCUCCUAGAUGAAAGAAGCAUAAGUCUUGAGAUCAUUUCAGACACCCUCUGGAAGGAUGUUUGCAUUGAAGCUGAUGUAACAUGUCCUAUAUGGUGGAGACGGAUUCCUAAAUUGAUAUGUCAUGUGGGAACUGAUUCUCUUGUUUAUUCACCAGAUUUCUUGUUUAUUCACCAGAUACUCCCACAAGCCAAAUUGUACAACAUUUUCAUUUAAAAUAAUGUAAGGUGAACAGGGUUGUUUUUUUAAAAAAAAAAAAAGAAUUCUUGCUUACAAAUAUGGUACAAAUAUCCUGGCUAAUUUUAUAUCAUCCUUUUAGUUUUCAGAUACCGAUCCUGCCUCAAUAUAUGUUUCCAGGUUCAUAUGAUGAUGACCUAGAUUUCCUGAGCACCUAGUUUACCAUUUUAUUAAAGUGCUUUGUUACUUGUAGAUCCACUUUCCCACAUAUUAACCUUUUAUGCUCUCCUGCAACCAUGCAACCUCCUCCUACCCCUUUUUUAGACUCCCAUUUUUAAAUACGCUUUUUAUUGUUUUCACUUUGUAGUAUAUUGUUUGCAUUUUCUAAACUUUUAUAAGCAUGUUUAGAUUUUUAUUUUUGAUGUAUCCUUUAAGCUUCUUAAAUGACCAGAUUCUACCCUCCUUACACUGGUCAGUGUCUCAAAUAAUUCAUUUUGACUUGCUCAGUUUUUUAAUAUAAUUUUUGGAGGUUUCUCAUUUUCAAGAGGGAAAAUUUGCAUGUGCACAUAUACACUUGUGGAAGGUUGCAUUUGUGCUGGCAUCCUGUUUUUGAACUUCUCCCCUUAGUGAGAAUUAAGUUAUGAGUUAGAUAAGCCCUUGAUAUGAUCUAGUCUUAUUUUUACAGACUGUUUUUGCAAGUAUACUAAUAUAAUAGGCUAGGAGGCCUGAAAUCUUUUGAAUGUCCUAUCAUUAAUAUUCCCUUUUGUUAGCUAUAUAAAGCAUAAGAAAGAGGUCUUACACCAUGUGUGACAAUGCAGAGUAUUUCUCUUCAAACCUACAGACGACUCUUUUUUUGCAAGGUUCACCCUGCUGCUUUGGAAUUGUUUCCCAGCUACCUCUCCUAUGGGCAUGCACACUUUGCUUCAUCAAGAGACAAAGAUAGGUAACCGCCAGGAGCAACUUCUGAGAACAAUUACACAAGCUGGAAACAGGCGUUUGUCAUUUGAAGAGAGUUGCUUUCUUACACUUCUACACAGCAUAAAGUAUCUCUUUGGGCUGCCUAGUACAGCUGUAGUUGCUGUCUGAUGCGCAAGAUGGCUGGGUUAUUUUGGGCUUAUCCUCAACAGCUGCAAAAUGCCAUUUUGUUUGGAACAGGCCAUUUUUAUGAGUUCUUAAAUAACAUAUAAACAAUUGAACAUAUCAGUAUCAACACUGCUUUAUAAGUGUACUUAUUUUAUAUGCAUUUAAAUUUUUAACACAGCUGAGAGUCUGUUUUUAGCAGUAUAUUUGCAACAUGCUCUUUUUUUGCUUGUAAAUACAUUCUAAUGUAUGUAUAUUAUUUUUUACGAUGUGAACUGUCCAGAAUUGAUUAAAACCAUGUGGAUUUCUAAGUAGAAUUAAAUAAAUAAAUACUCUUUCUCCUUCUAGUCACAGAUGUGUAUAGGUGCUUACUAUAGAUUGACAAAUGUGCUCAUAUUAGGGAUAAGCUAUACUUCAACCUAAUUAAUUUAGUAUUAAUAUAUCCUCAAAAAUGUUUUUUUCAAAUAAAAAUAACUGGUGAUUUUUUAAAAAUUAUUUUAUUUUAGUAAUAGCUCAGAUUAGAGAUCUACACAUUGAUUGUAAUCAAAACAUUAGGAUAUAAUAUUUUACAUUUGCCAAUAUAUUGGCGUAUAAUAAAUUAUUAGCAGGAAUUAAAUAAUUACAUGCGUGAUGAAGCAAAGAAUGUAUAAUAAUGUUUAUUGUUUAAGCUAAAGAUGGUUGCAAAAAAUUAAAAAGGCUUGAUACUAUCGCGAACAAAAUUAUAACAAAGUAUUAAUUAAUUGACUCUACAAUAUUCAUGAAAAUAUUUUACAAAUCUGUUUAUUAUAUU